UCCGGAGCGAGCCGAAGCUGUACCGACAGCUUCCGGAAAGAGCCGAGCAUGUCCGAGCGGCGGCGCGGCGACGCAAUCAUGGCGGCGACCGGCUCCUCUGUGAAUGAGAAGAAUGAGGACCCGGCGUUGGAGGCCGAGGCGCUGGCCGCGGCCCGGGAGCGAAACAGCCGCUUCUUGAGCGGCCUGGAGCUGGUGAAGCAGGGCGCCGAGGCGCGUGUGUUCCGUGGCCGCUUCCAGGGCCGCGCGGCUGUGGUGAAGCACCGCUUCCCGAAGGGCUACCGGCACCCGGCGCUGGAGGCGCGGCUCGGCCGGCGACGGACGGUGCAGGAGGCCCGGGCGCUGCUCCGCUGCCGCCGCGCAGGAAUAUCUGCCCCCGUUGUCUUUUUUGUGGACUAUGUUUCCAACUGCUUGUACAUGGAAGAAAUUGAAGGCUCAGUGACUGUUCGGGAUUAUAUUCAAUCCACAAUGGAGACGGAAAAAAGCCCCCAGAGUCUCUUUGGCUUAGCCAGGUCUGUUGGGCAGGUUUUGGCUCGAAUGCAUGACGAAGACCUCAUUCAUGGCGACCUCACUACCUCAAACAUGCUCCUGAAACCCCCCCUGGAACAGCUGAACAUCGUGCUCAUAGACUUUGGGCUGAGUUACAUUUCAGCACUCCCAGAAGAUAAGGGAGUGGACCUCUACGUGCUGGAGAAAGCCUUCCUCAGUACCCAUCCCAACACCGAGACUGUGUUUGAGGCUUUUCUGAAGAGCUAUUCCACCGCCUCCAAAAAGGCCAGGCCAGUGCUAAAGAAACUAGACGAAGUGCGCCUGAGAGGAAGGAAGAGGUCCAUGGUUGGGUAGAAGAAUGUGUCUGGCAGCCCCAGACAGCUAAGCUGGGGGUAUGCAGGACAGCUGCAAGUCCGUGAGCCCUAAAUAAAGGUGCUGUGCUGGUCUUCCGUGCGCUCUGUGGUCAUCGGUCAUUGUCCUCUGCAGUUGACCGCUCCCGAGAAGCACUGUGGAUGUGAGAGACAGAUGUGGGAAGCAGAGCUAGCGAGCAGACCCCGGGCCGGCUUUCUCACUGGGGCAUGCGUUCCCAGGUACCUGUGCCUGGCAGUAAAAAGCGCUGGACCACAUAGUGAGGGCAUCAUUUUCUUGAGUCCUGGUAAGACCAGGACAAAAUCUCAGCAGGUGACAGCAGGCCCGGAGUGUCCCAAACCCAGCUUCUCUGGUUGUGUCUGUGAUAGGCCUCGUGAAACCUAUAUAGUGGAUGUAGCCAGCAUUUUGAAAUGAAAUAACUACAACUGUCAGUGCUUUACAUGCAUAUUGUAAAUACUGUCUUAGGAAGCUUGCUUCGUGUGUGUGUGUGUGGCUAAUGAUAUGUACGGUUUCCCAUAUAAAACAGAUUUCUUUUUGAGGACCAUCGUAAAAAAAAAAAACAUUGCUGUUUCACUCCAGUUUUUCCUGUAAAAAAUCAGGUUCAUCAGCUUCAGGCAGCCGAAACUUUUGUAAUUUUAUGUGCCAUUGUUUUUUAUUGUUAUUCUCUCUAUUUUUAGUUUCUAGUUGAGACAAAUGAUUGCUACAAAGUUCCUUUGAAUUUCUACAGAUAAAAAAGUCAAUUUACAUUAUAGGCAGUAAGAGCAAAAAUGGGAAAGUAACUUUGGACUAAGUUGGAUAAAGUUUGAUUUAAGUCACUGGAAAACUUACAGCUUAUUAGCUUGUACUUCACCUUACCCGGCCUCAGUUUCUGUUUCUUCCCCAAAGGAAGAGUGUGUAUGUGCCCCUGGGGUGGGGAGUAAUGAGGGGAGAGGAAUAAUAAAAUACCUUUCUUUUUCUUUACUGUAAGCUCGAAAUAGCACCUAAAUGAAUUAUUUCAAGCACCACCAUGCGUGUAGGGAGCAAGGGUGAACAACACAGAUGUGAGCACCGGGGGGCCGGGGGGGUCUCUUUGGUUCACCACAGCCAGCUGAGGGAAAACUUCCCCUCUGGAGGGUGGUGACUAGCAGAGAAAAUGAGAGCUGCUGCUGGUUACUGCACGUCUGACACUGUGCCACACCUUAGGUUGGAUCUAAAACAACUUCAAGGCGCUGUUUUCAUUUUGUAGGUGGGGAGAUGGCUCAGGAAGGAGAAUUUGUACAAGAUGUCACAGGAAGUCAGGGAUGCUUGUCCCAUGCUCCAAAGCCCAUGCUCUUCCCAGUGAUCCUUUAGGAAACGAACUUCUGAAUAUGACAUGAUUUCAUAUUUUUAUAACAUGGAUUGGCAUUGCCUAACAUUUUCAAAAACUCCAAUGGCCACAGGAGCUAGCAAUUUUUUCAAGGAAUCUUCCCAAUAGGCCCCAGAGGGGCUCUAAGGCUAGUAAGGCCAACAUCUGUGACUUGCAGCCGUGACUGGUUGACCCGUGUUCAGGUGCCAAGGCAGCAAAUGGCCAGUACUCCCUUGGUACCAGCACUGGAGAUGGAGUGCGGACACAACCAACCUUACUCUUCUGGGUAACUGAGUACCUCAGGCAGCCACAAGACAGGAGUAGCAGCUCCUGAGAGGAUUCUGAGAGGAGGAGGGGUCAGGAGACCAGGAGGUGGGCGAGUGCCUUCCAGGCAAAAGGACCAUCUUGUGCAAAGUAGGUAGAGGAGGAGCAGCCUGGAGGGACAGCCAGGUCAGAGCAGCUUGUCUGCUGUGAGGGAGGAGGAGUAAAAAUGAGAUCAGAGAGGUGGGUGAAGACCAAGUCAGUUUGCAUUUUGUUCUUAAUGGGACUUGAGAUUUAAACAUGGAGACUUCUGGUUUAUGAUUCUAAAGAAUUACAUUGGGAGAAAAGGGACUAAAGGGUGAGAGUGGAAGCAAGAAACCAGUGAGAAGCCUGUGCCACCGGUGGGCCCAGUGAUGAUGGUAGCUGAUUGGCAUCCGCUAGUGUGUGUGAAGUGGUACCCAGUGGCAGUAGCAGUCAGGAAGCAAACAUGAUCUUUGCAAGUGCUGUGAGGGAGAGAGGCGCUUCACACGUUUGUCUGCGUCUCAGCCCAUGGCCAGUGAGGGUUCCACACACUCCUUGGCCACUGGUGGGUGCCUUCCUUCCCUUGUUCCGUGUCACAAAGGCCUUUCCUCUGGGUCCUCGUGGGUUAGCUGGGGCUUGGCAGCUAUGAGCCCGUGGCCCUAGCCGCUCUCAGUUUCUACCCAAAUCCUCCCUAGCAGGGGUCAUAAGCCCCAUUUUGCAGGUGAGGAAACUUUCUCAGCAAUGUGAAACAUUUCCUAAGGCAGUAAGUGAUAGCUGGGACUCAUACAAUUACAUAAAAACAACAGAGGGUUCAUUGUACAGAGCAGAUACUGAAGUUCUUUGCAUGCAUUAACCCAUUGUGCGGAGUAGGCAAGGAGACACAAACUCAGGCUUGCCUGAGGUCACGCUGGUCGUCAGGAGUCAGGAAGUGUGACCGGACCUGGGAUGCCUAUGGCCUAUUUCCUGGACCACUGAAGGGCCCCUGGUGGUGGGUAGGCCCCGGCCCACAGAGUGGAGCCUUUAAAGCCUGGCAUCGCCAGGGCCUCCUGCAGGCUGUUCAUUUUGAAGAGAUGAGGUAGCUAUACUCACACCAGUGCUGCUGAUGGGACUUGGGAGGGGCCUACACGUGGGCUAUAGUUUCUGCUGUAAACUUAGAAAGUAAACCCUGAUCUGGUACCAAUAAAAUUUUAUUUAUGA